AUGGAUACAGUAAUCGGAUCUGGACGCUUAAUCACGAAUGCUGAUCGCGCCAAUCUGCACUACAUGAAUGCAGUUAUCAACGAAGUCCAAAGGCUCUCUAACCUUUUGCCAGUGAACGUGUUUCAUGAAACCACUUGUGAUGUCGAGAUCGAGGGCUAUCAAAUCCCAGCUGGUACACUUGUAUUGCCACAGAUAUCCACUGUUAUGUAUGAUGAGAAGGUGUUCCCUAAGCCGUACGACUUUGAUCCGCGUCGACAUUUAUCUGAGAACGGUACCUUUGUACGAAUAGACGAAGUGGUUCCAUUUUCAAUGGGAAAAAGACAAUGCUUGGGGGAAAGCAUUGCACGAAUGGAGCUCUUCCUGUUCCUUGCCAAUUUUUUCAACAAAUUCGAGGUUACGACGUAUGGCGACCAACGGCCAUCAACGGUGAAGAAAUUUGCCGCCACAGUACGAGCGCAGGACUUUUGCGUGGUUCUCAAGGAGAGGCAUUAA